CGCCGAGGGCCUGAGCCGGCGGCUGGCUUGGCCAUGGCGGCGCCGGGUUGCGGGCCCUGAGCGCCGGCGGCGGGCGCGCACCAUGAACUCGUGGGACGCGGGCCUGGCGGGGCUGCUGGUGGGCACGAUGGGCGUCUCGCUGCUGUCCAACGCGCUGGUGCUGCUCUGCCUCCUGCACAGCGCCGACAUUCGCCGCCAGGCGCCGGCGCUCUUCACCCUCAACCUCACGUGCGGCAACUUGCUGUGCACCGUGGUCAACAUGCCGCUCACGCUGGCCGGCGUCGUGGCGCAGCGGCAGCCGGCCGGGGACCGCCUGUGCCGCCUGGCCGCCUUCCUCGACACCUUCCUGGCCACCAACUCCAUGCUCAGCAUGGCUGCGCUCAGCAUCGACCGCUGGGUGGCCGUGGUCUUCCCGCUGAGCUACCGCGCCAAGAUGCGCCUCCGCGACGCCGCGCUCAUGGUGGCCUACACGUGGCUGCAUGCGCUCACCUUCCCAGCCGCCGCUCUCGCCCUGUCCUGGCUCGGCUUCCACCAGCUGUACGCGUCGUGCACGCUGUGCAGCCGGCGUCCCGACGAACGCCUGCGCUUCGCCGUCUUCACGGGCGCCUUCCACGCUCUCAGCUUCCUGCUCUCCUUCAUCGUGCUCUGCUGCACAUACCUCAAGGUGCUCAAGGUGGCCCGCUUCCACUGCAAGCGCAUCGACGUGAUCACCAUGCAGACGCUUGUGCUGCUGGUGGACAUCCACCCCAGUGUGCGGGAACGCUGUCUGGAGGAACAGAAGAGGAGGCGGCAGCGCGCCACCAAGAAGAUCAGCACCUUCAUCGGGACCUUCCUCGUGUGCUUUGCCCCCUACGUGAUCACCAGGCUGGUGGAGCUGUCCUCCACGGUGCCCAUCGGCUCCCACUGGGGGGUGCUCUCCAAGUGCUUGGCGUACAGCAAGGCCGCGUCUGACCCCUUCGUGUACUCCUUGCUGCGGCACCAGUACCGCAAGAGCUGCAAAGAGAUUCUGAACAGGGUGCUCCACAGGCGCUCCCUCCACUCCUCGGGCCUCACGAGUGACUCCCACAGCCAGAACAUUCUGCCUGUCUCUGAGUGAAGGACCCCGCCUCUGCUGGAGAGUUUGGAAUGAGAUGGCUGGUGAGAAGCAGGGAGGGAGGGCUUGGGGCUCCUGGGCGAACACCACCAGCCGCCAACCCCCUGGCAAGCCCAGUGAUUCCAGUUCCCUGGUUUUUUGGGGCUCUGAAGCCUGCUUCCAAGGUCCUCAAGGGUGGAUGUUGGAUUGUCCCUAUUUGUCACCAAAGGAUAACCAUAGGGUGUGCUCUGGCUUUUCUUUCUGAGAAGCUCCUUUGAGCUCCUAGACUCACCAGGGGCUCCCCAGGAUCGCACUCAGUCCAGUCAUGAUCGAGGACACACAGUGCUGCUGGCAGGUGGGGAAGCAAGCAUGGCAUCCACUUGCUCCCUAGCCUCAGGAUGUUGGGCUCUAUGCUGAAGAAAAGUGGCAUUCUCCAUGGGACAUCAGUCACUCUGAGAGUGAGGUUGGCUGUGGACAACUGGCCCCACAUCUAAUAUGGCUCCUUUUCUCCACAUGGCAGUGGUGGCUGCUUUAUCCCAAAUAUUAUUCAGCUGGUACUAACUCUGUUAUGCUCAGUUGGGACUCUUGGGCCCUGCGUCCCAGGGGAAAAUGUUUAACAACGAAUGGCUACCCAAUUGUUGCCAACCAGUUGUCUUAGAAAUGGUUUAUUGGAGUCAAUUUUUGUCCCUCGCUUCCCCCGAAAAGCUAACGUUUGUGUGUGUAGACAAUCUUAGCAUGAAAAUGGUUUAAAUAGGCAGGUAAUUCAUGUAGUAAUGUUCUUUGAAGUCUGACCCUGAAGUCACCUUCUUCUGAUUUGCGUGUCAUAGCUGUUGGAACUAAGGAGAGGCGGGAGGAAGGUGGCUGGCUGGCCUCUCCCUGAUCUGUGAUCUGAAUUUGGAGGAAGAGUUUUACUUUGUCUCACACGUCUUGCCCAGCACGUCCUGCAGGAUGCACGGACAAGAAGUGACCUAAGCAGAGUUUUAGCCUUGAUUUUAAGGCACUGGGUUCCAUUAUCCUGGUGGCUCAAUAUCCCAUAAGUCGAUCAACAGAAAGUAGAAGCUGCCCAAGCUGAUCAAAAAAGUGUCCUGAGCUCAUGAUGAGAGGGUGAAAAUUUUACUGAAAACCAUAACUAUAGUACUUAUGCCAAUCCAUUAGCAGCCCCUGUCUUGACUUAAUAAAAACCAAGGUGAGUGGACCAUGCUUUCUGCCCAUCCAUCUUUGAUUAGCAUUUCCAAUGACAUCUGAAUGCCAACAGCAGUUAUUUCUCAGUCCUCCAUCUAAGUGAUUGCUCCAGGGUGGAAAGGAUGGGAGCAGUAGACUCAGAAGGCUCAUUCUCUCCUUCAGCUCCGCACGUGCUGACUUUGGAGGUGUAGAGAGGAGGACGCAGUCCAACAGGGACCAACCAGGAGGAGCCCAUUGCUUUUCACUGCCAAGGGGCCCCAGUACUGUAAGACAGAGAUGUGUUGUUCAUGUCUAUUUGCAAAGCUGUUGUCUUAUUUCCCUUAGCUCCUCAUUUGGAAAACAAAUAACUGAGCCUGGCCUAAUCUUGGUAGUUUCAAGGUUUCUGUGGAGACUAGAACGAAGACAGACAUAGCUUCCAGGCCUCGACACCUUCCGGUUGUGGUUGGAGGUGUGCUCAUGUCUGCUCGGGGGAGCCCAGGGGGCCCAUCCUUCCCAAGUCAUGUUGGUACCUUGAAAUCAGCCAUGAUGGGAAUAUUUAUACCAAGAAAAUCAGUAAAUGCUACAAAUCAGGUCUUUUUCUCCACUGAGAGCUGGUUGUUAAGCAUCUACCAGCACACCACUGCCCAGACACGACUUUGUGUGUGACUGAAACAAAAUUGCUCUGAUUCAGAGUGCAUUUGGCCACUCAAGUUUGAGUCACAGCAGACAUUCAUUUUUGGGGCACUUUCCUAGUAACAAGCUGCUGUUCACCCUCCAUUGUCCCCACACCAGAAGUACCAAUGAGGUCAAAACCAGGCAUGCAGCCAUGAAAAUAUGCACAAAUACUCAGAAUUGGGCAAAAGAGGAGUCGUGCCCCAGUGGAUGAGGUCUGUAGACAGUCAAGUUCAAGCAGUAAAACAGAUUUCUCUCAGAGUCAGGCUGGAGGAGUAACUACAUCAAACCCGCUUCCUGCUCCUUCUAUACAGGCAGCGGAUUGUAGGCCUGGAAACGACUCCAUCUUUUUUACCUCUUUUUUAGCUAAGAAACAAGACCUAUCACCCACAAUGCCACAUAUCUUGAAAAGAUACAUUUUGUAAUUUUCACAAACCUUUAGGACUGCUAAAAAAAAAAACCCAAUAAAAUUAGUUGCCUUAGCAUCAUAUAGACAAAACCACAGAUAAGUCAGUUGAGUGUUGUCUUUAUUAUUUAGACACAGGCAGUAAAAUCCAAGGAGAAGUGAGAAGAAAAUCACAGAAUUAGCCAUCAGCUCAACCGACUCUGCCAGAAUUACCUUUGGAGGAAAAUUCAUCUAUUUACAGUCUCUAAAACUUGCCCCCGGCUUUAAUAUUCCCAGGAGAAUGAUCUACCUCAUUUGGUAAUUUAAUUUAUCAAACGUAACGUGGUUUUCUCAGGUAAAACACUUAGAAACGUCAAGAUCAGCUGCUCCGUCAAAGGGCCUGUGUUUACUGCUUGCCUUCGGUCUAGCGCGCGGCUGGAUAGCGAAGGCCCAAACUCGAGUGGCAGCUGGACUAGGUGAAAGCAUUUGCAGAGGCUUGAAAAUAAAACCUGGAAUGGAGAGGCUUUCAAAUUCCUAAACCCACAAAUAGGGUGCAGUUUCUAGCCCUCCGUGAUCAGAAUUUGUAGGUUUAAACCCAGCCCGUGAUGCCUUUUUCAGUCACCCUAGCUUUUCCUAUGCUUCUGCUUGAAGGAGGGGAUUCCAGAGCUCUGGGACCCGCUGAGGGACCGUCAACUCGGAGGAGUGUCGUGGCAUUGGGGAUUUGUGGUCUCAGGGUUAGCUGGCCUCCCAAAGAUGUUUCACGGAGAGCCUGCCUGUUUUUACUGAGAAAUCGGCUCGGGGAGGAGGGGACGUUGACUUGAGUCAUCUCCUGCCAUGCCUUGUAGGACUCCGCUCCGUCUUCUGCUACCGUGAGCAAUAAACCUCUCUCCUCGUGUUCGUGAAAUUAGUUUUCUGUUUCAUGGUGCCUUUCUUUCUGAGAGAACAUGGAAAGAGCAGGCCACGCCCAUGUCCUGGUUGCCAUCCUUUUACAUACUGGGGGCAGGCAGAGGAUGCCCUCGCAUGGCUGUGGUGUGACGCUUGGAGGGACUGCAGGCUGUGCAUUUUUAGAAUUUAACCCGAAUGCAGGAUAAACUAACUUGCCCAUGACUUUAAUAAGGAUAUUUUAUCUGCUGCCAGGAAUUCCUUGCAUCAGCUUGUAUCCUUCGGACAGUGAGUACCAGGGGGAAGAGAGAAGUCUGGGAUGUAUCUGGGGCUCCCACUAAUUUCCUGGAAGGUCUAAAGCAUCUGGAAUGGAACCAUUGGCUCCUAAACUUUAUUAUCCACAAGAAUCACCAAGGGAGGUUGUUUAAAAUGCAGAUUCCUGUGCCCCCUCCUCAGAGGUCAGUUUAGGGAGGUCUGGACAGGACCUGGGAUUCUGCAUUUUCAAACCUCAGUUGCCCAGGUGACUGUAGCAGGUGGUCUUCAAACUAUUCCUUGAGGAAAAAUGAUCUUAGACACCCAGAUAAACUCUAUGGAAAACCGGGUCUUUCUAAAUAUCUAUAUUUCAAUUGUCUUGUAUCUUUCCCUAAUUCUCCAAGUAGUUCAAUUCCCAGCCUUAUUCAAGGGCUGAGUCAUUUUGUUCUCAGAGGGACGAAAUUGAUCACUCCAUAAAAUUCUAAAAACCUGUUUUCAGAAGACUCUGGUGGAACAGCAAAAGCUGUCCACCCUCUGAAGGCAUUUGCAAAGCCACCGCUUUCCUUUCCGAGGGGCUCCCGGGAUGGAAGCACGAGAGGUACUGGGCAUGUUGGCAGAGGAUGCCCCCUGGCUGGCUCAGAGCCAGGAUGUUUUGUUGGAGAAAAGGAAGCAGGGCAUUCAGAGGGACACUGGUUGGGUCUCCACUCAGACUCUACCCGGGUAGCCUGCUGUGGGAGGCGAUGGAGUCUGGCCCCUCUGCCACUAACCAGAGGCUGUCCCAUCCCCUUUCCACCCAGCCUCAUCCAUGGGGAGUGGAGCCAGGCUGAGCCAGUGCUGGAUGUCAAGCCCUGGGUGUGGGUCUCUUGUUGGUUCCCCGCUUCAUCCAGCAGGGCUGACCAUGCCGGGUCCCCCAGGAGCAGCUCGUGAUAACGACAACGGUCCUUACAGCUGGUGUCUACUGAGUGAAGGCUGGGCACCCAGACAUUGGGCCAGAACUUGGAGUAGGGAAGAGCAUUUGACAAGACACAGAGGAGAUGUGAACGUGCCUGUGAGGAGUCUAAUGGGGUCUGAGCUUAGCGUGUAUCCAGUAAUGUACCAGGUGAGCACCAAGAAGGAGGGAAAGUGCCUUCUGAGACAGAGUGAAUGUGAUCUGUGGCCAAUUGGGAGAUGAUCCAAGUCUUGAAGUUGAGAGUAUCAAAUUCGAUUUCUUUUAGAAAGAGAAAAAAACAUGGGGGGAAAUCCAUAAAUAUUUAGCUACCAAAAAAAAGAGAAGGA